AUGUUUUCCACUGCCAAUCGUGGCAAAUUCCAAGAAGUUCACUUCCAUAUUGCAAAGCAUACAUGUGAAUGUGAUGUCUUCCCAAACAUAGUUGAGGAGUUGCCUGAUCUCCUUGUCUGGAUGAGCGGACAGAUGCCGGGUGUGGAUACGCGGAGCCAGCCCUCGUUGCGACGGAAAGAGAUAAGGCUUUACACCUUGCUGGAUGGGAAGGUGCUGCUGAAUCCUGAUGAAAUGCCGGCUGAUUUUCGCAUUAACUUAUCAAAUGCGGAAGUCGAAGGGACGGACGAAGGAGAUCCGGAGCGGCUGGAAUGGAGAGUGUUCCUUCAACUGAUGUUUCCGCGGGCGCGAGCUAUUCUACCACCUCCUUGA